UUAGAAUUCACCCCCUCACCAAGGCAUUACCCCAUUUUCUAAAGGGGGGAUGUCUCUCCCCCUAUGUAUAGCCAAGGCUAUUGUGCGACACCCUGUGCUGCAUGAGCUCCACUUACGCGCUCCACUCCUAGCGGUGGUUUCGUGUUACUGAAUAAUACCCGACAGGGGGACAGGGAGAGUGAUAGAGAGAGAGAGAGAAAGAGCAGAGAGCGAGAGAGAUCAGCAUCUUGUUCCAAUGAAACAUCAAGCAGUUUGACGAUGACAGCGAAAGGCAGACUUAAAGCGGUCCCCUUCCCCCUGGCCCACAGGCUGACCAUGAAGGAGGUGUUUGAUGCCGAGGGCCGGCCGCGAGUGGACCUGCUCAAGGCUCACCUCACCAAGGAGGGUCGGCUGGAGGAGGCUGUGGCCUUGCGCAUUAUUGACGAGGGCGCUGCCAUCCUGCGCCAGGAGCGCACCAUGCUGGACAUCGAGGCACCAGUCACAGUGUGUGGGGAUAUCCACGGCCAGUUCUUUGACCUGAUGAAGUUGUUCGAAGUGGGAGGUUCUCCUGCCAACACACGCUACCUCUUCCUAGGGGACUAUGUGGACAGGGGCUACUUCAGUAUCGAGUGUGUAUUGUACCUGUGGUCGCUGAAAAUCCUCUACCCAAAGACACUCUUUCUUCUACGGGGAAACCAUGAAUGUAGACAUCUGACAGAAUAUUUCACCUUCAAACAAGAAUGUAAGAUCAAGUACUCAGAGCAGGUGUACGAUUCCUGUAUGGAGGCGUUUGAUUGCUUGCCCCUGGCAGCCCUGAUGAACCAGCAGUUCCUGUGUGUGCAUGGGGGGCUUUCACCAGAGAUCCACACACUGGACGACAUCAAGAAGUUGGACCGGUUCAAGGAGCCCCCAGCUUUUGGGCCCAUGUGCGACCUGUUGUGGGCCGACCCUCUGGAAGACUUUGGCAAUGAGAAGACCCAGGAGUACUUUGGCCACAACACAGUCAGAGGCUGCUCCUACUUUUACAGUUACCCGGCGGUGUGUGAGUUUCUACAGACCAACAACCUGCUGUCAAUCAUCAGAGCGCACGAAGCACAGGAUGCUGGGUACCGUAUGUACCGGAAGAGUCAGACUACAGGUUUCCCCUCUCUCAUCACCAUCUUCUCUGCUCCAAACUACCUGGACGUCUACAACAACAAAGCGGCGGUGUUGAAGUAUGAGAACAACGUGAUGAACAUCCGUCAGUUCAACUGCUCUCCUCACCCCUACUGGCUGCCCAACUUCAUGGACGUCUUCACCUGGUCUCUGCCUUUUGUGGGAGAGAAAGUGACUGAGAUGCUGGUUAAUGUCCUGAGUAUCUGCUCUGACGAUGAACUCAUGAAUGAUGGAGACGAGAUCUUCGAUGCCAAUGCAGCAGCCGCCAGGAAAGAGGUGAUCAAAAACAAGAUCCGUGCCAUUGGGAAGAUGGCCAAAAUGUUCUCUGUGCUACGGGAGGAGAGUGAGAACGUGUUGACCCUGAAGGGCCUGACUCCUACAGGCAUGCUGCCCAGCGGAGUGCUGUCUGGGGGCAAACAGACCCUGCAGAGCGCUACCAUUGAGGCCAUAGAAGCCAUCGAGACAGUUCAGGAUGCUGAAGCCAUUCGAGGUUUCUCCCCACAGCAUCGGAUCAGCAGCUUCGAGGAGGCCAAGGGUCUGGAUCGGAUUAACGAGCGGAUGCCGCCUCGCCGUGACGCCGUCAAUAGCGUGGGCCUUUCGAUGGGCCGCAUGAACAUGGGGGAGCCCAAUGGAACCGACAGCAACAGCAAUAUACAGUGAUGAGAGACACACACUCUCAUACCCAGACACAUACUUAACAGUUAUGAUAUGGAACCAUAUUUAUAGAUAUGUGUACAUAGGCAUAUAUGCACACACUCAAAACACACAGGCAUAACAGACACACACACACACACACACACAGUAUUCCAUACACUAAGUAUGCAUAGGGUACAGACAAAAACACACGUGCGCAUGCACACACAAGCAACCACAUAAACACAGAUACAUACACUCGAAUACCUAUCCUUUUCCCGUUGCCCCCAGCUGUGUGUGUGUAAGGCGUGAGCGUUACCUGGACUACACCACCAAAGGCUGAGUCUCUCACUGAACUGGUCAGCCCUAUAUAGAGAACUACAAAUCCCAUGUACCUGCACAACAGGAAAGAAGCUACAAAAAUACUCCCAAUGCAAAACAAAGAGCUACCGUUCACCAUGUUUAGUGGGGAUCACAAGUGGGUUGACUGUGUCAGCAUGACCGUGUUGGUGGAAUGUGUUGUGUUAGGGGUGGGGUCAACUGUUUGUACUCGGGUCUGGUGAUCUGGGGUCUGGGCGGGGCAUUAAAGAUGGCACUUCCUGCGUAUAUGUUUGCUUUCCCUGUUUGCCUCUAUAAACAGGAGGUGGAGUCCAAACUGACGGCUGGUUGUCAGAUCACAGAUUUUAUACGGUCACUGCUAGACUGUGCAGCUAUGCCUGUGUGCGUGCGCAUGCUCCAACAUGUAUGUGUCUGUGCGGUUUGAAAUUGGAAUAGCGUUUCCGUCUGCAAACACACCGGAUGCGAUUAGCAGGAAAAAAACAAAAAAAAAAAACAAAAAGCCAAGCUGCACAGAAGAUGAAACGUGUGGAGAUAAUCUCAGUUGCAGUCUAACCUGAGCCCUCGCUGUCCUUUUAUUCUCGGGAUGGAGUUUCCCGUUUAGCUUUUGUAGCACCACUCUUCACCCCCUAAUCCACCUAUUGACGGUAAUCUGAGAGGUCAAGUGGAGACGCUCGCCGCCCGUCCCGCCUCUGGUCCCAAGUUGGCUAGCCAAAACUGGGCCCGGAUCAAAUUUGACAGAAAGCGUUUCUCCUCAGCUGUUGCGUGUAAAUAGGAUGCAUAGAGAGGUUUUAUCACACAUCUGAUGCAUACAGACACGGGAUGCAGUGCGGUGGAACGAGGAUGCUUCGAGCGUGGUGUACGGUGUCGGGCGGGGGGUUAAAAAUGUGAAGUCAUAUUCUAUUCAUUCUAUUUCUACAUACUCCUUUCUUCCCAUGUGCUGUCUCAUGUAGUCUGCUACUAAACAGCAGUGGUGGCUGGGCCUCUCCGGCCUACAAGCAGAAAAAAUAUUUUGCAGAGGAAACGGACUCUUCAGGUGAAGGCAGCAGCCAAAACAACAAGAAGAAGUCAGAGGAAAGGGUCUUUGUAAAGCAUUUAUAUUAACGCAUCAGUGCAUGCAAAGUUAAGUUCUUUGAUAAUAAUGUGAAGAUUAUAUUUGUGCUCUGUGUUUCACUAUGGUAGGAUUUUAUUUUUUCUUCUUGUUUUUCUGGCUUAUAUAAAUGAACUGAGGAAUAAUGAAUAAUUUAUUUUGUACAUAAUGUUUAUUUUAUUUAUUUAUUUUUUGUAUUCAUUUUGUGUUAUAUUCCGUUGAAUUUUUUUCAUGUUUUUUUUUUUCAUGACUUGUGUUGGAUACGUUCUCGUUUCUUUCAACGCUGUACAGAACGACAGUACGCUUCGAUUCAAAGUGUCGGUCCACGUUCUCUCCUCUCUUCUUUGUCGAUGUACAGGAAUUGUUUUUAAUGAUAAUAUUAAUAACGAUAACAAAUAUUAAACUAGCAUUGAUGAAUGACCAUACUAUAUACAGAGGCACAGGCAUUCAGGCAGCCAAAGCAUGAUUGCAUGGUUAAAAUUGCGCUGUUCAAAGCAAAAAGCAGCAAGACACAUUUUAACAGAAGAGCCGGUGUGUUGCCGUCACAAUUUAAAGGAAAAAAGUGUACUCUCUCUGAUCAUAAUUCUUGAUGAUUCCUCUUGUUAUUUGAUGAUAUUUAUGAUUCUAUGAUUAUUAUGAUUCUAUUUAUUAUGGACAUUAUUCUUAAUAUUUAAGCUCUCUCUCUGCUGGUUGCUCUUCACGUUGCGUUGCUCCUUGGUUGAUCUUGUUGUGCUUCUUUGGGAGAGGUGAACCCCCCUGGGAGACCCUGUGCCAUAGAAAUAGUGCCACGGUUCUUUCUCUCUCUCUCUCUCUCUCUCUCUCUCACUUUCUCACUCUCUCUCUUUUUCUGUUUUGACUCCCCAGUCACUAACACUGUAAGCAUGCCCCAUGGGACGAUCCACUUUUUUACUCUUGAAUAAAAUAUGCAUGAACCUUU